CAAGAAUCCAAACCUGGACCCUCCUAGGCAGGACGGGCUGUCUGCAGCUUGGAGGAGCCAACCAUGGAUUUCAGGCGUGUGAAAGACUAUUUCUCCUGGCUCUACUAUCAAUACCAAAUCAUCAGCUGCUGUGCUGUCUUGGAGCCCUGGGAGCAAUCCAUGUUCAACACCAUCUUACUAACCAUUUUCGCUAUGGUGGUGUACACUGCCUAUGUUUUUAUUCCAAUCCACAUCCGCCUGGCUUGGGAAUUUUUUUCCAAAAUGUGUGGCUAUCACAGUACACUGUCUAAUUGACC